AGGUGUGGGUCCAGGUCCCAUGCUUGUGCUCUCAGUGAGUGUGCGGGUGGGAAAAGUCUGAGUUGAGAUUUCUGUUUGAGAAGGUAAUUUUAAAAGGAAGAGAACAGUAACCACAUGAUUGUCACAUACUGAACUGUUUCUCCCUGUGAUAAUCCAGAUAUUUUCUUUUUCAGUUCACUGAGUUUAACCAGUAAUGCCAUUCAGUUGCCAAUAUCAAGCAAAGCAAACACAAGCCAGUUUUAAUCUGCUUUUUAAGGAAGGUGGUCGUCCUUUCCACAGUGCCUGACGUGACCGUAUCCGAGUGUGAGUUACAAGCCCAGAGAAGUCACCAUGAAGUUAUAUGUAUUUCUGGUUAACACCGGAACCACCCUAACAUUUGACACUGAACUUACAGUGCAAACUGUUACAGACCUUAAGCAUGCCAUCCACAGCAAGUACAAGAUCGCUAUGCAGCACCAGGUGCUGGUAGUCAACGGCGGCGAGUGCAUGGCUGCGGACAGAAGAGUGUGCACCUACAGCGCGGGGACGGACACAAAUCCAAUAUUUCUUUUUAACAAAGAAAUGAUCUUAUGUGAACUUCCACCUGCUAUUCCUAAAACUACCUUUUCGACAGAAAAUGACAUGGAAAUAAAAGUGGAAGAGUCGCUUAUGAUGCCUGCGGUCUUUCACACUGUUGCUUCCAGGACACAGCUUGCGGUGGAAAUGUAUGAAGUUGCCAAGAAACUUAGCUCCUUCUGUGAAAGUCUGGUCCAUGAUGAACACCUUCAACACCAAGGCUGGGCUGCCAUCAUGGCCAACCUGGAGGACUGCUCAAACUCCUACCAAAAGCUGCUCUUCAAGUUUGAAAAUAUUUAUUCCAAUUAUCUGCAAUCCAUAGAGGACAUCAAGUCAAAACUUACUCAUUUAGGAACUGCAGUUUCAGUAAUGGCCAAGAUCCCGCUGUUGGAGUGCCUGACCAGACAUAGUUACAGGGAAUGUUUGGGAAGACUGGACUCUCUACCUGAACAUGAAGGCUCAGAGAAGGCUGAGCUGAAAACUUCCACUGAACUGGUGCUCUCCCCCGAUAUGCCUGGGACAACUAAUAAAUCCUCAUUAACCUCAUUUCACAAGUCAGUGGAACAUGUAGCCCCAGAUACUACAGAUGCUGAAAGUGGAGGAGAAAUGAGGGAAUCUUGUCAGAGUCCUGCCCAGCAGGAUGAAACUCCAGCAGAUGCUAAAGACAGAGAGCUGCCUUUUUUUAAUGUUUCUUUGUUGGACUGGAUAAAUGUUCAAGAUAGACCCAAUGAUGUGGAAUCAUUAGUUAGAAAGUGCUUUGAUUCAAUGAGCAGGCUCGAUCCAAGGAUUAUUCGACCAUUUAUAGUAGAAUGCCGUCAGACUAUUGCCAAACUUGAUAAUCAGAAUAUGAAAGCCAUCAAAGGGCUGGAGGACCGGCUGUAUGCCCUGGAUCAGAUGAUUGCCAGCUGUGGCCGCCUGGUGAACGAGCAGAAAGAACUGGCUCAGGGAUUUUUAGCUAAUCAGAAGAGAGCUGAAAACUUGAAGGAUGCAUCUGUAUUACCUGACUUAUGCCUGAGUCAUGCAAAUCAGUUGAUGAUUAUGUUGCAAAACCAUAGAAAACUGUUGGAUAUUAAACAGAAGUGUACCACUGCCAAACAAGAACUAGCAACUAACCUGCACGUCAGGCUGAAGUGGUGUUGCUUUGUAAUGCUUCAUGCUGACCAAGAUGGAGAGAAAUUGCAGGCUUUGCUUCGCCUCGUAAUAGAGCUGCUAGAAAGAGUCAGAAUUGUGGAAGCCCUGAGUACAGUCCCCCAGAUGUACUGCUUAGCUGUUGUUGAAGUUGUGAGGAGAAAGAUGUUCAUAAGACACUACAGGGAGUGGGCUGGCGCUUUAGUCAAAGAUGGAAAGCGAUUGUAUGAAGCUGAAAAGUCAAAAAGGGAAACCUUUGGAAAAUUAUUCAGGAAGUCUUUUUUACGAAAUCGCCUGUUUCGGGGAUUGGACUCCUGGCCCUCCUCCUUUUGUACGCAGAAACCUCGAAAGUUUGACUGUGAGCUUCCAGAUAUUUCAUUAAAAGAUUUACAGUUUCUGCAGUCACUUUGUCCUUCAGAAGUCCAGCCAUUCCUCAGGGUCCCCUUACUUUGUGACUUUGAACCUCUGCACCAGCACGUACUUGCUCUACAUGAUUUGGUAAAAGCAGCACAAAGUUUGGAUGAAAUGUCACAGACCAUUACAGACCUACUGAGUGAACAAAAGGCAUCCGGGAGUCAGACAUCCCCACAGUCGACUUCCUCACCAAGAGUCGAAGGUGCAACAGGAAUUACAACUACUACCUCACCAAGAACUCCCCCUCCACUCACUGUGCAGGAUCCCUUGUGUCCUGCAGUAUGCCCCUUAGAAGAAUUGUCUCCAGAUAGCAUUGAUGCACAGACAUUUGAUUUUGAAACUAUCCCCCAUCCCAACAUAGAGCAGACUGUUCACCAAGUUUCCUUAGACUUGGAUUCAUUAGCAGAAAGUCCGGAAUCAGAUUUUAUGUCUGCUGUGAAUGAGUUUGUAAUAGAAGAAAACUUAUCAUCUCCUAAUCCUAUAAGUGAUCCCCAGAGUCCAGAAAUGAUGGUGGAAUCGCUUUACUCGUCAGUUAUCAAUGCAAUAGACAGUAGACGGAUGCAGGACACAAAUCUGUGUGGUAAAGAGGACCCAGGAGGUCGUGUGUCUCUAAAUGUCCAAUUGGAAAAAUGCAGGGUUGUUGCCCAAGACUCGCAGUUCACUAUACAAACCAUCAAGGAAGACCUUUGCCACUUCAGAACCUUUGUACAGAAAGAGCAGUGUGACUUCUCAAACUCUUUAAAGUGUGCAGCAGUAGAAAUAAGAAACAUUAUUGAAAAGAUAAAAUAUUCUGUAGAAAUAACACUAAAUGAAAAACAUCAAAAUGAACUACAGUCUUUAAAAACUGAAUAUGAAGGCAGACUUGAUGCACUAGUAAAAGAGAGUGACGAAAACAAAAACAGAAUUAAAAAGCUUAAAGGAGACCUCGUGUGCCUUGAGGAGGUUCUGCAAAAUAAAGAUAAUGAAUUUGCUUUGGUUAAACAUGAAAAAGAAGCGAUCAUCUGCCUGCAGAAUGAAAAGGACCAGAAGUUGUUAGAGAUGGAAAACGUCAUGCACACUCAGAAUUGUGAAAUUAAGGAACUGAAAGAGUCACGAGAGAGAGUGUUGAAAGACUUUAAGAAGCUCCAUGUUGAAAAUGAUGAAAAGAUCCAGUUGUUGAGGACAGAGCUUGAGAGCUUGGAGCAAAGCCACCUAAAGGAGCUAGAGGACACUCUGCAAGUCAAGCACACCCAGGAGUUCGAGAGAGUUAUGACAGACCACAGAGAUUCUUUGGAGAAAUUAAAAAACGAAAAUCAGCAAAGGAUCGACCAGAUACAGGAGUCUCAUGCCACAGUCAUCCAGGAAAAAGAACGGCAGCUGCAGGAGCUGAAACGGAAGGUUUCUGAUUUGUCAGACAUGCGGUGCAAGCUAGAGGUGGAACUUGCUUUGAAGGAGGCAGAAACGGACGAAAUAAAAAUUUUGCUGGAAGAAAGCAAAGCCCAGCAGAAUGAGACCUUAAAAUCUCUCCUUGAACAAGAGACGGAAAAUUUGAGAGCAGAGAUAAGUAAACUGAACCAGAAGAUUGAGGAUAAUAGUGAAAACCAUCAGGUGGGCUUGGCAGAGCUGAGAACUUUAAUGACCAUUGAAAAAGAUCAGUGCAUCUCAGAGUUAAUUAGUAGGCACGAGGAGGAAUCUAAUGCGCUGAAGGCUGAACUGAGCCAGGUAACAGCCUUGCACCACCAAGCCUUUGAAGUAGAAAAACACCUGAAGGAAGAAAUAGAGGAACUGCAGAGGAAAUUGGACUCAGCAUUGAGUGCCCUUGAAAAAGGAAAAGAUGAAAAAGCCGCCCAGCAGGAAGAGAGGUACGAAGCCGCCAUCCAGGAACUCGAGAAGGACAGGGAGAAGCUGCGCACGCACCAGGAGCAGGAGCGGCAGGAGCUGCUGCAGCAGCUGAGCUGCGAGAAAGCGGCGGCUAUCGAGAGGGCCCUGCAGGGGUUUCGGCUGGAGAGAGACGCCGUGGAGAGGGAGUUGCUAGAAAAGGUGAAACAUCUUGAGAGUCAAAUAGCAAAAAGUUCUGCCACUGAGUCUGCCAGAGAAGAUUCUUUGAGCCUGGUUGCUGAACUUCAAGAAAAGCUUCAGGAAGAAAAAGCCAAGUUUUUAGAACAGCUUGAAGAGCAGGAGAAGAGGAAGCAGGAGGAGGUGCGGAGCGUGCGCACGGCCUUGAUUGCCGAGCAGCAGACCAAUUUUAACACUGUUUUAACAAGAGAAAAGAUGAGGAAAGAAAACAUCAUUAACGACCUCAGCGACAAGUUGAAAAGCACGAUGCAGCAGCAAGAGCGAGAUAAAGAUCUGAUCGAGUCGCUGUCCGAGGACCGCGCCCGCCUGCUGGAGGAGAAGCGGCGGCUGGAGGAGGAGGUGAGCAAGCUGCGCGGGAGCAGCUUCGCUCCGCCCCCGGGUGUGGCCGCGGCCCCCGAGCUUUAUGGAGCAUGUGCCCCUGAACUCCCAGGCGACGCCGAGAAGUCGGCCCUGGAGACCCCAGACGAAGGCAGAGUGGACUCGACCCUGGAGACGAGCAUGAUGUCCGUCCAAGAAAAUAUCCACAUGCUGUCUGAGGAGCAGCAGAGAAUCAUGCUGUUAGAACGGACGUUACAGUUGAAAGAAGAAGAGAACAAGCGGCUAAGCCAGAGACUGAUGUCUCAGAGCAUGUCUUCGGUAUCCUCCAGGCAUUCCGAAAAGAUAGCUAUUAGAGAUUUCCAGGUGGGAGAUCUGGUCCUAAUCAUCCUGGACGAGCGCCACGACAAUUACGUGCUGUUCACUGUGAGUCCCACCUUGUAUUUCCUGCAUUCAGAGUCUUUGCCUGCCCUGGACCUCAAACCAGGUGAGGGUGCUUCAGGUGUGUCUAGAAGACCCUGGGUGCUUGGAAAAGUAAUGGAAAAGGAGUACUGUCAAGCCAAAAAGGCACAAAACAGAUUUAAAGUUCCUUUGGGAACAAAGUUUUACAGAGUAAAAGCUGUGUCAUGGAAUAAGAAAGUAUAACUUAUGGAAGAAAUCAGUACGUCCUGUGACAUUUUCCUGACGUAUCCUACAGUGUUCAUUCAUCACUCCACAAACUGCAAGCCAUCUUUUUAUACAAAAGUCACCGAGACCAUGUGCUUCCUGGGCGUCCGUCACCUUUCUAACUGGCUACAUACACUUUAGGAACAAUAAACUCAGCAAGACCCUUGGCUGAAUUAAAAUGGUUUUGGUUUUGUUUUGUUUUUAUCCAAAUAACUAGAAAUAUGGACCAAACUAGUUCAUUUCUCAAAGGGCAUACCCUGUGCAUUGUGGCUCAUGAUUAGCCAUGUUAAUUGCCUGUUACAGAUACAUUAGCUUGAACUUAGGUAGUAAAUGUUAGUUGUUAUUACCAGCAUUUGUCCUUUUGUGAAAUCAGCAUCAAAAACUUGCACUCUUAAUACAUUCUUUAUAAAAUGUAUAAAUUCUUCAAAACUAUUUAAAGAAAGGGGUGUUUACUGCAUGCAGAUAAUCAUAAUUUUGAGUUUGCCUCUGUAGAUUACUAAAGCAGAUUGUUUCAUUUAUUUUUUUUAAAUGCCCUUUGAUGUUUCAAAACAAAAAGGAACUCGAUUUGAUGGAUUGAUUUUUAAGAUCAGCCAUAAUUCGCAGUCUUUACAGGCACUUUCAGCAGACUGGUCACCUGGGUUCUCACGGGAAGAGCCUGCCGCUGACGCGGCGCUGCAGCCUUCCUGAUGACUGUUCUGUCUGGAAUAACCCAUCGAUGAAAUUACAAUUCAUGGUUGUUUCAGAAAAACAUAUUCAUUGUACAGUAACCAUUUAGAGGUCAUUUAAAUAAUAAAAUACUGUAUUGUAAAACAUGUAGAAUUUUAAACAAUAAAGAUUUGAACCUGUAAAUGUGUGUGCCUUUUAAGGAGGGUACAUUUUAAUAUAUUUGAGUGAGUGCUGGGGUGUGGGAAAACUUGUUCUGUAUUAUAUCAAAAGAAACAUGUUAAUUUCAGAAAUGUUCUUUAAUUAUAUUCUAUGUAACAGGGUAAAACAGUGUUAUGUAGAUCAGAACCGUGUAACCUGGAUCUUUUAGACAGAUGCCGUGGAGCGAAGGUAUUUAAUGAGUUAGUUGAGUUGGAUGCGACUUGUUUCAGGUUGUUGCUAGAAAACAAGAAAAUGAUUUCCCCCCCCAGAAAAUAUUUAAUUUCUUCAUAAAAAUAAGUUAAAUAUUUUUUUAAAUAUGUAUGUCUAACAGUACAGAAAAUGGAAAAACGCCGUGGUGUGUAGAAAAUGGAACCUGACAUACUGAUGAAUAAAUGAACACGUGACUUCA